UGGUGGUGCAGGUGGCGCAGGCGCACCCCCCACGUCUCGGCCGUCAGGUAUAAAAGGAGUCGACUUCGAUUUCCAGAAGCAGGUAGACGGAGAUGGCGAAGCUGUUGGUGAUCACGUGUUUGGCGUUCGGUGCCGUGGUAGCUCCGGCUGCAGGAUAUAGUCUUGCUCGAGCUGCCUAUGGCGGACUGCUGCCGCCUGUGUCGUAUGCCGAGCGCCAGCAAAUAGGACUAGCCGAUCGGUAUUCAUCGGUCAGCAUGUCAGAUCUCUUCUCCAGUGUCAAAGUUGAUAUCCGGUCCGCAGCUUACGCCUCCCGUCAGGAGGAGCUGGACAUCUAUGCCAGAGGAGCGUUCUCAAAGGUCAUGGACUAUCUGGUGAAAUCCAAAGGUGGGCGCUACUCUUUCUUCGACGCUGCAAGCGACAGGGUGGACAUCAGAUCCUCAGUCGCCGUCAGCAGGGAACAGUUGCCUCCGCUCUGUACCAGAAGUUUUAUGAUGUGUUCCUCGACCAGCUCAGAUUGGAGAAGAUUCAGACCAGCAGCGUGGUCAGCUCACAGCAGCAGCUGGAACUGUUGGAGAACUUCGUGGGACGCGCAGCUGGCCUGGAUAUCGUCACAGCUGCAGCUGUAGCCGAGAGCGAGGAGCAGUUCAGACAGGUCGUCGGCACCAGAAACCCAGUCAAGGUCAUCGCUGAUGCCUUUUCUGGUUUCCCUCUCCGAUCCCCACAAACCGCGUACGAAAGUUAUCUGCCCUUGAAUGAGGUCUCUCCUCGUCUCGCUCCACUUUCCGGUGGUGUGCUCCAGAGGUUCAGGACGGCACUGGAUGAUUUCCAGUCCAUGUUGAGGCUUGUUCCAAACGUUAUUGUCAGGGCCCGCGACCCCUUCCGUAGAGCCAUCGAUGCCCUCGGCCAGAUGCGACAAAUCUCCGUCUUCACACAGCAGGCAUCGAGUCUUCAAUCCUGCAGGAAUGCGUUCGUGAACCUGGCCAGCCCUGUUGACUCUUACGAAGCUGCCGUAUCCACCCUUAUCUCUGAGAUCUCUGAGGUCAAUACUGUCCUUCGCUCCGACUACGACCUGCAGACCCUGAGUGGUGAGCAGGCCCGCACCGUCCAGACCGUCUUUGCCAGCUUCCAGCAGAAAUUCCAGGUCUUCGAGGAGGCCCAUGUCACUGUUGGUCGUUCCGUGGAGGAUGUCGUUGUCAGCAUCAAGCAGUUCGAGGAAGUCUACCAGGUUGUCGAUAAGUCCUCCGUGGAAAUCCGUGACGUAGCUGGGUACGUGAGAUCCGCCUUCUCUCAGUUCUCCGAGUCGCUCACCACCUUCCGUAGGGUCUACACCGAGGUCGACGUGCGCGUGGUUUCCGUCCGUUCUGCUCUCAAGGACUGUGGUUCUAUUUCCGUUCUGAGGAACGUCAUCCAAACUACCGAGAGAACGACCCAGACUGGAGCAUACAGCGUCUACACCAACGCCAGGGGGUUCCCAGCUGUCCGUGACUACGUCGACUACAGCAACUACCAGGACUACAGCAACUACCGCGACAGCGCAGUGGUUCGCGAUGGCGCCCUUCUGCAGGACGCGAGGGCAAUCGGCCGUGACUUCCGCCUCCGCCCUUACGCCGGCCUCCCCAACGUGGGCAUCUACAGGGACGUCCUCGCCAGCCCGGAAGUGCGCGUCAGCCGCCUGUCCCUCCCAUAUGCCAGCCCCAGGAUUUUCGGGGACUACGUUGUCGAUGCUCUGAAGCCAGCAGUGCAGGUUGCAGAUAGUCAAGUGCAGAAGGUAGAGACCUCCAUCUCCUCCCAGACAGGCUCCACAGUUCCAGUAUCCGGAGAGCUGCUGCCACAGUCCGAGAAUGUUCUGAAGGAGCUAUUCAACCGCAUCGACUCCAGCGUGCGUGCGCUUGAGGGCUCGCAGCCAUUCUCCCCCCUCACCCUGGACGGCCAGAAGUACGGAGUGGUCUUCAACGCCUUCGUCGACUUCCUGAACUUGCUGAAGCGUAACGAGAACUCUCUGGCCAUCGUCGUGCCCCAGGUGCAGACACAGACCCAGGUGGAGCGUCUGCAGACAUGGCUGGAUGAGCAGAAGGAGCGUUUGUCCAGACUUGCUGACGGAGUGGUCCUUGGACGAAGUGCGCAAGAAGUCAGUGCAGAUGUUGUUUCGGCCGUCAGUCAGACAGAUGUUAACCUGAGCCCACUGUCCAGCCUCUUCCAACAGGAACGCCUCCAGAAAUACUUCUUCCUCUUCGAACUCUUCGGUCAGCAGGUGAAAGAACAAGUACAACUGGCAGUUCGCCGAGCUCAAGAGGCUGAAAGACUGGCUGUUUUCAAGGAAUUUGUGAGGACCAUUGAACAAGUUCGGGACAUCAAGACUCGUUACGAAGCUUUCAAGACUCAGCUUUCCAACACCAUUGUGGCCCAGAGGUACCAGGAAUUUCUCCGUUUUGCCCAGGUUUCUGGAUUCAUCCCUGAUGUUCUUUCAACUGAGGUUCAGAGGCUAAAUAGUCCAUACCGAUUCCUCGAUGUGCCACGAUACGCCAACGGGCCAUUCAACUCUUACCAACGAUUUUACAAGGUCCAGCCAGCCUGGUAAACAGCUGGCACCUUCAUGUCAUGAGAUGUCAGCAACACCCUGGUGUCCUUUUAAUCAUCGUUUGGCACUCACGGCCAAGAUGGUUCCACACGGUGUUCUGACAGCUUAGGAUUCCGUCUUAUCUUUUGCCUCCGUCUAAAAACGUUUUGUUUGAAACUUUAUUUAUUUUGAAGUGUAUAUUCACUGAUUGUCUCUGAUGUCUCGUCAGUUGGAGAGGGAAUAAACUUGGUUAAACUAUUC